CGGGGCCUAGUAGGGUGGUGGGGACCAGCGGCACGUGGGGGUGGGGGUGGGGGCUCUGCACGGAGCUCGCCCGCGAUGUGACGCUCGCCCGUUACGCUGGCGCAGACCUCGGAGAGUGAGGAUGUCGGUCCCCGCGGCGGGGCUGUCCCCGCGCCUGGCGCUCUCAGCCUUGGCCGGCGCGGGGCGCUUUUGCGUUCUGGGGCCGGGAGCGGCGAGGCGGGCGGGCGUGUGCCCCGGGCACCGCCGGGCCCUGUCUGACCUCCACCCGCAGCUGGUGCCCACGGAGGGCUUCAAGGACUCACCGUCCUGGUUCCCCAGGUGCCGCUCAGAGCCCAGGAGCUACAUCACCAGUCCGAAACUGGCCACGACCUUGGCGCAUAUUCUGGAGAACGAAAGGAAAACCCCCGACAAGCUCCUGCUGGAGUGCAAUCCAGGUCCUGGGAUUCUGACUGAAGCAUUACUUAAAAGCAAGGCCAAAGUGAUUGCCCUUGAAAGUAACAGAAAUUUUCUUCCACAUUUGCAGUCCCUGCGAAAAAAGGUGGAUGGAGAACUAGAAGUGAUCUACUGUGACUUCUUUAAAAUGGAUCCUAGAAAUUUUGGAAUAGUAAAACCACCCAUUAUGAUUUCAGAAACACUUUUUCAGCAUUUGGGAAUAGCAGCAGUUCCUUGGUCAGAAGAUACUCCACUAAGAGUAGUUGGAAUUUUCCCAGCAAAAAAUGAGAAAAAGAUACUUUGGAAACUUUUAUAUGACCUAUAUUCCUCAACUUCUGUAUAUAGUUAUGGACGAGUACAACUAAAUAUGUUUAUUACUGAAAGGGAAUAUGAGAAACUGGUGGCAAGUCCUGAAACUCCACACUUGUAUCAAGUAUUAAGUGUGCUCUGGCAAGUAGCCUGUAAGAUUAAGCUUCUGCAUGUGGAGCCUUGGUCCUCAUUUGGCGUAUAUGGCCAACGUGGGCGACUGGAUGAUCUGAAGAAUAAGAAACCAUUAGAACAAAUAAACAAACACGAAGGACAAAACAUGUGUUUAAUUCAACUGACUCCUCAUCAGAAUUUAUUUACAGAGAAUUUAACAUCUAUUAACUAUGAUGUAUUUUUUCUCAUGUUAAAGCAGUGUUUUAUGAAGCGCAAUUUCAAGCUAAUGGACCAUUUACAGUUAUUGAGUCCAGUUAAUGCAGCAGCUAUAUUGAAGCAAAUAGGGAAAGAUGGAGACAUGAAAAUAACAGAUCUGUAUCCUCAAGACUUUAAACAGCUUUUUGAAGCUAUAGAGUAUUUCAGAGAAUCUUGCAGGUGGCUCUUGGAUGAUUGUAUGGAAGAAAUGAUCAUGUAGGAACUUGAUUGCCCAUACCUGAGCCAUUGAUAUAUUUGAAAAUUAUGGCACAAAUGGAAGAGAACCACAUUUGAAAAGCUUCCAGCCUUUCAACAGAAGAUAACUCUUCUUGUUUUGCAGAUUGAGCAGAUAAUUUCUUUUGAAGGUGAUAGUUUCCUAAAUUGGAUAAAACCGUGGCUGCCAUUAUAUUCACAGAAAAUAAAAUGAAAACUUCAGUUAAUUGUG